UUUCCGGUUCCGGUUCACCUCUGGCUCCAUGGCGAGCGCUAGAGGACCGGCGUAUCUGCUGACAUUAGGCAGAUGGCGCCGCGGCCUCGGACUAGCUACCCAGUCCCGAGCGCUCGCUGCCCUCGUGCCCGGCGUAUCCCAGGUGGAUAACAAGUCUGAUUUCCUGGGGAAGAGGUCCCAUCGCCGACACCCCGGCAUCCUGCAGCUGUCGCGCGUGCGGCUGCCGCAAGUAUUGGUUGACGCCGCGCAGUUACUGCUGCUGGAGAGCUCGAUGCCCAAUAUGGAGAAGCAGGUGCAAGCACUGACCAAUUAUCUCUGGAGUCGGCAUUUACCUGUAGAGCCAGAGGAGUUGCAAAGACGGGCUGUCCAUCUUGAGAAAAAAUUCCUGGAAAAUGCAGACUCAUGUCAGAUGGAAAAACUUUGUGGAGAAGUGCUGCAUGCUCUGCGUAGAACUACCUAUCAUUGGCAAGAGUUGAGCUACAGUGAGGGACUGAGCCUGGUGUAUAUGGCAGCAAGACUGGAUGGUGGCUUUGCAGCAGUCUCCAGGGCAUUCCAUGAGAUCCAAGCUCGACUUCCAGAGUUCCAGCCGCAAACCUUGAUGGACUUUGGCUCAGGUACUGGCUCUGUCACCUGGGCUGCUCAUAGUACUUGGGGCCAGAGCCUACGGGAAUAUAUGUGCGUGGACAGCUCAGCAGCCAUGUUGGAAUUGGCAGAAAAGCUACUGAAAGGUGGUUCAGGAUCUGGGAUGCCUUAUGUGCCAGGUGUCUUUUUCAGACAGUUUCUACCUGUAUCACCCAAGGUACAAUUUGAUGUGGUGGUAUCAGCCUUUUCUCUCAGUGAACUGCCCAGCAAGGCCAACCGCACUGACGUAGUCCAAACCUUGUGGCGCAAGACAGGUCAUUUUCUGAUAUUGGUGGAGAAUGGAACAAAAGCUGGGCACUCCCUUCUCAUGGACGCCAGGGACCUGGUCCUUAACGGAAAAGAGAAGUCACCUUUGGACCCUCGACCUGGUUUUGUCUUUGCCCCGUGUCCCCAUGAACUUCCCUGUCCCCAGUUGACAGCCUCUAAGCCCCUGGCCUGUAGCUUUUCCCAGGCCUACCAUCCCAUCCCCUUCAGCUGGAACAAGAAGCCAAAGGAGGAAAAGUUCUCGAUGGUAAUCCUUGCUCGAGGGUCUCCGGAGGAGGCUAAUCGCUGGCCCCGAAUCACUCAGCCUGUUCUUAAACGGCCACGCCAUGUGCAUUGUCACCUGUGCUGUCCAGAUGGGCAUAUGCAGCAUGCUGUGAUCACAGCCCGCAGACAUGGCAGGGAUUUGUAUCGCUGUGCCCGUGUCAGCUCCUGGGGAGAUCGUUUACCUGUGAUCACGCCAUCUGAGCUUCCUCCAUCACCUGCUCAAGAUCCCCCUGAGAGUUGACAAGGAUGUGUAACAUGUGUUUUCUUCUAUCAUGACUGCCAAGGCUGAAGCUACCUGGUAUCCAGGAUGGGAGUGCUGGUACUUUUACAGCAAAAAACUAGUUAAAAUAGCCUCCAUUAUAGUAGGCCUUAUUCUUUUAGCUCACUCGGCCAUCCUUUCACAGAUGCUUUUCUUUCUUGUUUAAUUGCACUUUGCAAAUGAUUGCCUUCUAGCUAGAAUUGUACUAUGCACCUGGUGUUUAUUCCUCCAAGGAAACACUCCCUAACACUCCCUUCCCUUGUGAGCAUUGUUCAUUCCAGAAAGAAGGUCACCGUGCGAUAAUCUCAAGGACCACCAGAACCAGUCUGGAGAGGAGAGCACCUAACACGAGCUUUGAAAUUUUCCAGAAGUGAAGAAUGCAAGCUUGCAUCUACCCUUAUCCUUAUCUAUGGCCCUAUUUUCCACUUCCAAACUAUAAGACCCCUUGCUGUUCUCUCUUGAGGGAGGGCACGGUCUUUAGGGCAUUAGCCUGCUGUGGCCUCCUUUGCCUGGCAAAGCAAUAAAAGCUACUCUUUUAUACUUCACCGAAAACUCUGUCUCUGUGUCUCUGUUCAGCACUGGUGAACAGAGGCUGGGUUUCAGCAACAGUACCCCUAUAUAGCUGUGUUUGCUUAGGUUUUAAUAAUAAUUAAAAGUUUUCAAAGAAUGGAAGUGGAUCUUGUGAUUCUUAAAAGGUGUAGAAGUCUGUUGUCAUGGCCUAUCCUAUAAUGAAGAGAAUCCUCAGAUUUUCAGUGUUUCCCACACACAUCUCCAGCUCACCCUGUCCUGGAAGAAUCCUGCUGCUGCCACCAGAUUCCAGGACUUCCCACGGAGUCCUGGAGAUAAUCUGGAGUAGUGGGGGAAGCCAUCCCCAGCUCCCUGAGAACUGGCUCAACAGGUCUCAGGGUUGUUAGGCAGGCCACCUGAAUAGGGGAAUCAGCAGCUGCUUGGCUUCUGUUUUUUUCUCCUUUCCUUUCAACUUUCUCAGCUCCCUCAGAGUUCACUUCAUAAAUUUCUCUCAAGAGUUGAUUCCCCUCAGGCCUGAAUCUAUCUCCACCUUCAUAUAUCCAGGCAGGAGCCUUCAGUUUUCCCUUAGGCCUUGCUGUUUCAGAGCUAGAGCAACUUUCUUUGUCCUAAAACUCUCAGUCCCUCUCCUAUAAUUUAUAUCAGGAAACAGGCAUAGUCAAAAGUUAUAACAGUAUUGAUGUUGUAAUACUAGAAAUCUUCCUUCUAGACAUUUCCAUGCCUGGAGCUAUUUUUCUGGGGUUAUGGGAGAGGGGAGUCCCCCUCCUCUGCUAGUUCCCACAGAGUGCUGGCAGCUCCACUUCCCAGGCCCUCCUCCUCACCCCAAGUGGCCCCAAAUCCCUUCUGAAAGGGUGCAGUUCAGGUAUCAGCAUAGCAACCUAUAAGACUUGAGGUGGGGUAGAGAGGGUAUGGAAGACUUAGAUCAAAUGUCCUGAGUGAGGCAGGACCAGAUUGUCCCCAACACAAAACAGCCGGGGAGAGCUACCAUAGACUCCCUUUUUGGAUUAGAACAGCCCCAGAUGAGAACUAAGACUCCACAGCCCUUGGGUUAGUCAGAGCAUUCAAAAGGAGGAGAAGACACAGCACCAGGCUGUGCCUGGCAGGGAGUCCGGAGUUUCUGAUUUCUAAAUUCAGGAAGGCGUCAGCC